GUCUAGACUUGCAGAGUAGUUUCAGAGCCCUAGCCUAUAUAAGAGCAUCUUCAGGCCGAAUGUCAGAAAAGGACUGCAGGUUGUUUUUUUGGGUGUGGUAUCGAAGACUCACGAUUUACAAAAAUAAUGAGUGCAACUAAACCCAAUGAAAGCGUUAAGAGGAGAAACAAAAACUUACUGAAUAACAGCGAGCAGGAGUUUGUAGCCAGCAGGAGAAACACUGUUCUACAAUCCCUGAAGAAGCUUAAGAUUCAAUGCAGUCGGAAAGAGGUGCCAAACAUUGCAUUACUGGGUUCUGGAGGAGGACAAAGAGCCAUGGUGGGUUUGCUGGGAUCCCUGGUUCAGCUUGAUAAAGCGGGUCUUCUGGACUGCAUCCUUUAUCUGAGCGGAGUCUCUGGAUCCACCUGGUGCAUGGCCUCCUUAUACAAAGAACCAAACUGGUCCACCAAACUAGAGACCGUGAAAGACAAAAUCAUUGAAAGAAUGAGCGGACCAGGAGUCAGCUGGGGAGACGCAUUGACUAAACUGAAGAAAUAUUACUACGGGAAAGACUUCUUCAGCUUGACUGAUGUCUGGGCAGUGAUGGCUGUCACGUCAUAUGUGAAAGAGAUCGAUGAGCACACACUCACCGAGCAGCGGAACCAGCACAAUAAAGACCCGUUUCCCAUCUAUGCAGUGAUCGACAAGCAAAGCAAACAGAGCAAUGACGGAGACCCCUGGUUUGAGAUCAAUCCAUAUGAAGCAGGUUAUUCUCUCUCUGGAGUGUUUGUGGACACCGGCGACUUUGGCAGCCAGUUUCAAAAAGGCUCAAAGAAUAAACAUCAGGAUGAAUUUGACAUGCUGUACCUGCAAGCUCUUUGUGGCAGCGCUUUAGGGGAUGAAGCCGAUAUUAAGAAAGCCAUGUGGCAAAAGAUAAAAGAUUUCUUUCAAAACGAAAACACACUUGAGGCAAUGAGGAAAGAAGAGCGUGAGAAAAUUGAUGAAUUGAUGAGAAAAAAGAAGGAAACAGAAGGAAAAGAAGCAGAACUGGAGUCUUUUUCCAAGCCCUGUCCACCAGACGAUCCAAUCUCCCUGUCUGUAGACGAAUGUCACCGGGCACUCAUGGAUCUUGUGAACAUGAAUAUCUCUGUUUUGAAUGGCGAAGAUCCUUCUGGUUUUGAUAAAUCCAUCAGAACAAAUUUGAACGGGCUCUCUGGAGGCAAAAUUCAGCCGAUUUAUAAAAUGAAAACAGAGGAAACUGAUGAUAAAAGAGCAGAAAAGCGGUAUACAAACCGUUUCUCCAUGGAUGUCUGUGAAUAUUUGAGUAGUCGGAACAGUAAUUGGCUAGUUGAUAUUUGGAUAAGUAUUUGUAAAUGCAUGGCUGAGUGGAUCUGGGGAAGGAAAUAUAACUUCCUCCACAACAUGACAGAUGAAGCAGUGAACUCCACUCUUCUGCAAAGUGAGACGAGAGACUAUAUAGAUGCCGGAAUGUUGCUGAACUCACCCUACUUCUCAGUGCUGAGAGAAGACCGACACAUUGACCUCAUCAUUUCCCUGGACUUCAGUGAUGGAGAUCCUUUCAUGACCAUAAAUAAAGCUUCUGAGACUUGCAAGAAACUAAAGAUCCCUUUUCCUGAAGUUCCCAGUGAUGAAGGAAAGAAACCAAAGGACUUCUAUGUGUUCAAAGGCCAAAACUCUCCAACCGUGAUCCACAUCCCUCUGUUUAAUGCGGUCAACUGUGGAGAUAAAGUUGAGGACUGGAGGAAAAAAUAUCGCACCUUUCAAGGAGCUUACAGCGCUGAGAUGAUCGCUGAUCUUAUGGACGUCGCUGGAAAAAACAUCUCAAACAACAGAGAGAAACUCAAGGAGCAGAUUCGGGUGGUCAUUGAAGAAAAAAGAUUUGGACGCUUUAAAAAAUUUCUGAAUAAAGACUAAUUUAGACUAAAUAUUAACUGAAUAUAGAAUAAAAACUGAUCUGAAUAACAGUAAUUUCACAGAAAAUAGUGUUAAUUUUUUUUGUCUUAUUAAUUAAAUCAGCAUUAUUUCUGCUAAAUGUGAUAUCUGUGGCAGUAUAAGAGUAUCAUGUUUGCAUUUUAUUUAAUAUGUUUCAAAUGCUUGACUUUCAUUAAGUAUGAAAGAGCUGAUUAAUAAUCAAAUCAAUCAUAACAGAGGCUGAAUUAUUUCAGAUUAAAAAUAAAAGACAACAAAACCCAUUACAAUCAGUGAUGUUAUUUACACUGGAUUUGGUGCAACACGAAAAAUCCCAGACAGUAAACUCAUGCUUCCUUCUGUUUAUGACGUUGUGACCCAAAGUUUAAAUUAUUUUUAUAAAACCGAUGGUUCCGGUCCUUGAUUCUGAUUGGUUGAGCCGCGUUCAAAGCUGUUGUAAAUUACUCUACAAACACACACCUUUGUUAACUUAUGUAUUUUGUUUACAUCAGUUUGUUGCAAUAACAACUGUUUCUGAGGAACUACAUUGUAUGGUGGAAGAAUAAUGUUUUCAAUAUUGCACUUUAUUUGCUCUGUUUUAUUCUGUAAAACCUUCUAUGUACAGUAUAUGGAAUAACCAUUGUAUAAAAGCAAUAAGCCCUGUGGAGCCGUGGUUUAUAGUGAAUUUAUAACAGCUCAAACCUAACAACGCUUCUUAGCUGUUAAAAAUUCACUGUAAACCACAGCUU